GCCUCCAAAAGGGGUGUGGCCGGUAAGUCGCCGGAUGGAGGCCUUUCUGAGGAGAAUGCUCCACCGGAAGUUGUCGCCACUUUGCUUUGCUUGGAAGCCCCAAAACUCGCCUUCGAGCGUUGUGCGAACGGCCGUUCCCAUGUAUGGAGAUGUCACUGGUGGAUCUGGGGAAGAGGUUGCUGGAAGCGGCCCGCAAAGGCCAAGAUGACGAAGUCCGGACGCUGAUGGCCAAUGGAGCGCCUUUCACCACCGAUUGGCUGGGCACAUCGCCCCUUCACCUGGCCGCUCAGCACGGCCACUACUCCACAGCGGAGGUCCUGCUCCGGGCCGGAGUCAGCCGGGAUGCGCGGACCAAGGUUGACCGGACGCCACUGCACAUGGCAGCUGCUGAUGGACACUCCCAUAUCGUCGAGCUCCUGAUCCGGAACGGUGCCGACGUCAACGCCAAGGACAUGCUGAAGAUGACGGCUUUGCACUGGGCCACGGAGCACAACCACCGGGAUGUUGUCGCCCUGCUCCUCAAAUACGGGGCCGACGUCCAUGCCUUCAGCAAGUUCGACAAAUCCGCCUUUGACAUCGCUUUGGACAAGAACAACCCGGAGACCUUGCUGAUGCUGCAGGAGGCAAUGCAGAACCAGGGGGCCACCAACCCGGAGAGGGCAAACCCGGUCCCGGGUUCCAUGACAGUCAACCAGCCCUUUUUCCUGACUUCAGGGGAGGUGCUGAGUCUCUCCAGCCUCGUUUCCUCGGCAGACACCAAAACAACCUCAGGAGAUUCCUUUGUUUCGACUAUGACGCUCCCAAACUCCACAACCUCGGUUCUUGCUGCCCUGGCAGCCAUUGCAGAAGCCUCCGGGCCCCUUUCCAGCUCAAACAGAGCCCAAGUUGUUUCCGAAGAGGUGGUGGAGACGAGUGCCAUGGAGCGCGGGGCCGGCGGCGGGGCCCAGCGGGUGAUCACCAUUGUGGCCGACGGGUCUUCGCUGGGCCACCUCCAGGCGGGGCUCCCCGGCCAGGGCCUUGGCCAGCCCUUCAUCGUGACGAUGCAGAACGGGCAGCAAGUCCUUACUCUACCUGCUGGUCAGGUGGCAGAGGAAAUGGUCAUCAUGGAACAGGAUGAAAACCAUCAUGGACUCGAGGAAGAAGAGCCGCCCCUGAAGAGAAUCAAAGUCGAACACGUUGUGGAGGACGCAGAGGAGAGCAAGGGAAGCACGGAAAGGGCGCUCUUGCAGCAGCAGCUCCAGGAGGCCAACCAGAAAGCCCAGGAAUACCGGAGCCGGCUGAUGCGGAAGGAGCAGGAGGCGGAGAAGUACCGGCAGCGGCUGGAAGCCAUGGCCUGCCCCCCGGACAGCGGGACGGAGACCUCGGCGGAGGACGGCGACGACGGGGACGGAGCCGGCAAGGAAACAAUGGGCUCCGUCCUCGAAGGGGAGCUCCCCACCGACAUCGGGGUCGAGACCGUCAUCGUGUAGCCCUCGCGACAGCUUGUUUGAGACUCGUAAACAAUGUACUGUAUACAAAGGUCAAUCCUCGCCUUUCCUUUCGAAACUGGGCUUUGAUGCAACCGGAAAUGCCUUCUCGUCAUCGCUGUGCCAUGACUCGGAUAUAUAUUCGGAGAUAUAUUUUUCUAAAGCGUCGCUCGUAAUCGCCACAAAGGAGAGACAGUUUUGUAGGACGACGUAGCAGGUUCUUCCUGGAGAAUGGCGUUCUUACAGUUGUCCGAAGAGGAGAAAAGGGGGAGCAGGUCUGUCCCUACAAUUACGGGGCUCAACAGAACCCCAAAUGGUUUCCCGUCUUGCGGGGAAAGCAAUAAAACCGACGUCGUUUUGGCGUCUUGACGCUCAGGGCUCCUUCUCCGCCACACUGCCUCUUGAAACCAGGCGAAGAGAGGCGAGAAACGGGAGGCGGUUCUGUGUUUUGAAAGAAUUAAUUUCCCUAGAUAGAAAAAAGGUGAAUUUCUUCUAAUGUUGGGCAUAGAUGGGCCUUUGGGGCCUGAAGUUGUGAAAACAGGAGUACAAAUGAGAACGAAGACUCCGGUAUUACCGUAACUGGAACGUUUGGAACGACAGUCGAGGCGUUCCAAGUCGAGGCAGAUCGACUCAGGAAAUGCAAAAGUCGCCAAUGAAAAGUCUGCAAUGCAAGAAAUUUGGAAAUAUCUGUACGCGUGCCGAACCCGUUUGGGUCUCCCUUCACCAAUGGAGAAGAGCAAGCCUGAAUGUAAAUCCGGCAAGUCACAAAAAGUUAUUAUUAUUAUUAUUAUUAUUAUUAUUACAAGUUUGACAGCUUUGCGUUAUAACAUUGGUGCCAGAGCCGCGAAAAACAGGGCAACCCUAACUUUUCCGAGAGAUUUUUUGACUGUGUUGUAAAAAAACUACGCAUUAGAGAGGAGGUACCUCCUCUCUACUGUAUAGAUAUCUGUGACUUUUUGGAUUUUGGAAAAAACUACGCAUCCCAAUUGGGCUUGGAAAAGUGCCUUUCCCUGUUCGGCUUCUCGUCCCGAAAGGUUGCUCUUCCUGGUCUUUUUUGUGCCGCAGAUGUAACGGUACUACGUUUCCUCUUAAUUAAGACAUUAAGACAUUAAGAGAGAGUUCUUGACCAAACUACACAUCCCAAGGCUCCCCAGAGUGGAUUCGUGGCCAUUCAAAGUGGAAUCGCACUGCUAUCGUUGUAUAGUGUUUACUAAGGUGGUCUCCAAAGGAAGCUAUGCACAGACGUAUCCCAAAAAUGGACCGUUCUACCGAAGUGCGUUUUUUAUAUUGUCCUAAGCUUUAUGUACAGGAGGAAUCGGAGUGGGGAGAGUAUAUAUUUGAUAUUUAUCUUUGCAUUUUAGGGUCCCAUUUUUUGCCCCGAGAAAGUUUGGGUUACAAGGUGUACCGUUCACUUCCUCCUCCUUUUUUUGGUACCUACAAUUUGGUUAAUAAAAUGCCAAAAUAGUCA